UCAAGAUCGAUACAUUCAGCAUUCCGUAGCCAUUGUGCUCGAGCCAUCCCGGCCCAAGGCGUUGUUGGGUCCGCACCCCGAAUCGCACCACACACCGCAUACAUAUUCUAUCCGUGCAGAGCACCGCCUGAUGGCGGCCAUCGGACAUCCAGCAUCAUGUUUGUCUUGUGCUCUGCUCUUGCAGCUUCUGAUGACGCACCACCUCUUCUGUGCGGCGCUGAGGUUGGGAGACUCGCCCCACGACGGCGAGCCCGACUAUGCUGGACAGUUGCGCGCUGCCACCGCAGGCAACGUGACGCGCACGGUGGUAACAGGGCCGCUCAAGAAGAUAAGCGAAGCGAUCGACGAAUUUCUGAUCCCGCGCGUGGAGUGGAGGUUCAGCCAUUGUAGUGGGAAUUGGCGGAAGUCGAAGUGUGUCCUUCUGCGCGUGCCGGACAAGGCCUUCCGCCAUUUUCUCACGUUGGACUCGUUGCAGUUCCCUGCCGAUGCGAAAGAUCCUAACAGGUGCCGCGCCACCGUCAUGACUUCCAGCGGCUGGGUCGGGCAGGCCACGCAAGAAGAGUUCUAUUUCGGUUUUGAGCAGUGGGUCAGCGAGGUUCGAGAUUCCCACAAACGAACUGCUUUUCUGCCUGUGUGGUCUGAUCCACGUCUGGACAGUCAUCCCGCGGAGUAUUUCAGUCCGUUCUGUGGGGAGGUGGACGUAUCCCCCAUGACAAAUAGCACAGUCUCCCCCAUGACGAGGCAGGAAUGCUUUUUCUUGCCGACGUCCAGCUGCACGAUGGACACUGCACAUUGGGGGAAGAGCUUGGUGAAUGGUAACGUUGAUAUGGCUGUGCCGUUCCGUCACCGGUUGUCCAAGCCAUUUGACGGCCUUGGUGUCGGCGACCUUCAUGUUAUGUGGCAGAUGCUCUUCUUCCGUCAGAACGCGAGGACACGAAACGAGAUCGCCCGCCGUGAAGCAGAGUGGCGCUCCAAGAACCAAGCGUGGCCUGCGUCGGGAACAGGCCCCGCUUGCGCGGCGAUCCAUGUCCGCCACGGGGACAAGCUCACACCGUUCUGGAUACGAGAGCACGAUACCAUCGCUGGAGGUUUCAAUAAGAGCUUCGACGACUAUUUAGACGUGGCGCUUAAGAUGAUGGAGGACAAGCCUCAGCUGACAGACGCUUCUCGGAGCAAGAAACUUCCGCUAAUAUUUCUGAUGACCGACGACGCUGACAUCAUCGCGGUGGCGAAGGGUUCUCGACGGGCCAUCAUCCAUACCGUGCCCCCGAGCACACCGCUCAACAGCUUGUCAGACUUCUACAAAGAUAAAGACUCCAUUGGAAGCAGCGACUUUGGAUACUCGGCGGCCACUUCUGGGGACAUGUUGUCAUGGUUGUUGUCCAUCCGCCUCAUGAGCGCUUGUAAUUUCUUUGUCGGUAACACGGAGAGCUCGUUCUCAAGGUUUUUGUAUUAUGGUAUGUGCGAGCAGCGCAACGGCAGAUGCCCUCGCAUCUUCAGUUUUGGCCGGAGACAUGAACAAGAUGAUAUGCCGACCAUGUUUGAGGAAUGAGUUGCUCCAAAGGUAGUAUCAAUGAGGAGAUCCAAAAUUUGUGCAGCCGAGCUUCAUUAUGUUGCAAGUCUCUUCUACGCAUAGGGAUUUCUCAACCAGAGUCUUGCCAAUUAGUCGUUUGCCAUGGUGGUGCACAUUUUUGCACCGGUCCCUGUUGCCCUCUUGCCCUCUUCCCCUUGGUGGUAAACAAGAGCGCCCUCUUGCCUGGCCUUCGACCACGCAGCGGCGUCCUUGACCGCCUGGUUCGGCAGCGCGUGCUGCCCCCGUGGGCAUCAGCAGGAGCUUUCGUCGCUCACAGCAUGUGGCGCAUUGAAUAUACAGUAGUCACAAAUUGCGUUCUGUGCGCCGUGUUUAAAGCGGGCAUCACUGGAGGCUGCUACUCAUGCAGUUGAAAGCCCUUUCUCCUCGAGACAUUCGAAUAUUCCUGUGAGAGAAAAAAGAUCGAUACACUCAGCAUUGCAAUUGCUCGUCGCCCAGCCAGGUGUCUUGAAAACGUUGCCAUGCCUCACAUUUCUAUAUUCCAUUCCGGAUUCGUGGGUCGAUCAUGCUUCGUAACCAGCCACACGGCCGCCUCAGACUUGUUGCACGCAGUUGACUCCCUAACCCCUACUUGGCUAGGCCCCCUUUUUCGUCCGCCCCGACCGUACUUGUAUGACCGUGUCUGACUGAGCCAUGUUGGCAGCCCACUACGGCAUUUGGAGCGCCGCGCGUUUCGACCCAAGGCUUAGCGGUACGUGCCAGUGCCGGAUUGGAUGGCGGCCCGAGCGCAGCAGGCACGGAAGGUGGUGCAGGAUUCCUGAGUUUGUAGGCCCGCCUGUCGCGCCCGCAGCUGGAUCGCAAUGUGAUACGUGGUGAUAUUGUCCUAAGAAGGACACGAACCUCUGAACAUACAUUUUCCGAGCUCCGCGCGGAUUUCUUGGAUCGGCGUUGGGCCCACCUGGCGGCGCCUCCAGCGCCGCCCCCGGCGCCGGAGGCGCCCAAACUUCUCCG